UUUUCCCACAACAACUAACAAUCAACCAACGAAUCUCGUUUCUCAAUUCACCACUUUAUGCCUUUAAUUUUAAUUUGCUUUUGAAGUAUAUCCCAUUUAAUUAUCCAACCUACAAACGACAAGCUACAAUGCCUCCUCGGAAGAGAAAGUCCACUGAGGUGGACCCUGAAAUAGCAACUGUCGGGUCUGAUAAGGAGAAUCAUACUGCAGUUGUUGCAGCAGUACCAGCAGUGGCUCCGACUUCGUCUACGAAGAAAACCUGUGAUGAGGUUUGAAAGGAAAUACGCGACUUCGUCGCAUCUGGAGAGAUGAGCGCCGCAGAGUUUCAACGUGCUAUUGACGUGUCGCCGCGGUCGUAUUCGGAGUUUUUGAAUCAAGAGGGAACAGAUAAGGGAGCUAGAUCGGCUACGUAUAGGAAUGCGGUCAAGUUCUUUCAGGAUAGGAGGGGAGGGGUGAUGCCCUUGACGGAGGUGCAGCCUGCUACAGUACCGGGAGUUCAAUCAGCAGAAGUACCGGUAGAAGCACCAGCACGAGCACCAGCACCAGUACCAGAACCGGCAUCAACUAUGACAUCAGCAGUACCGACCAAGAAAACAAAGAAGAAUCCGGCACCGGCAUCCGGGUUUGAUCUAUCAGCAAUCCACCUGGACGGGGACGAGGAUAUGAAGGUACCAAUCUUCGAGACAUGUGAUGUUGUGAGAAAAAAGAUGAAGGCGCAUCUUCGCAAACCCGGGGUUACCCAGGCCGGCUUCUUGCGAGAUAUGGCCAAGGCAGCAUUCCCCCAGACCGCCAAGCGGUUGAGUUCCAAGUCGAUGGCGGAUUUCUUGUCGUACAAGGGGCCUACCACCGGCAGCUCCGGGGUCAUUUUCUAUGCGGCGUAUGUGUUUUUUGAAAAGUUGAGGGUUAGGGAUGGCAAGCCGAAGAAUGAAUUCCGACUGGAGAUGGAGAAGAUCUGGCCCAAUGGCUUUGAGCGCGACAAUCCGGCUAAUGGGAAGCUUUGGUGUGGUCCGCACGAGAGACCUUGGAUUGACAAGUAUGGGCGGCUGCAGUUCCGGUAAUCGCCGCCGGAGUGCUUGGGAAUGUAUUAUCUUGCUAUUGUACUAGUCUGACUGUUGAGGCUCAUUCCGAGGUUCAACCUCUUUGAUCUUUUUCCCCUGGUCAUCGAUGCCAUCAAAGAUUU